AUGAAGCUCACGCUCUGGGUCUUGAUUACACUCGCCGCGGUCUCAGGUGCUUCCCCUGGUAAUAAGUCUCCUUCCUCUCGCAGCCUCGCGCGGCGGGAGGAUAGCAAAUGCACAGAUGCCGGGAAAAUUCGCGAAACAGACAGACUGCUCUUUAGCGAAUCUAUCGAGACUUUCAUCAAGACUCGGGACACAAAGAACCCAUCUUGCUUGGACUGGUCAUCCGACGCAUGUAGCUCCUCGCCCGAUGGGGUGCUAGGGCUCUACGACUUUACUUGGAGCUGCAUGAGGCACGACUUUGGGUAUCGAAACGCUAAGGCGCAAAAGCGGUGUACUCAUAGCUUGAGGCAGCGUAUUGACGACAACUUCUGGGGGGAUAUGAUGCGCUACUGUGAUGACAAUUUCCACUGGUACAGCUGGUUUAAUAAGCAGGCUUGCAAGGGCGCCGCAGAUAGCUACUAUCAGGCGGUGAGAGAUCACGGCCGAGAUGCCUGCGGCCCUGCCAUAUCUAAGGCUGUGCUAAUUUUGGUGAUUGCUGUUCUAAAGCAAACUGGUGCGGAAACACAAUUGACCAUUGCGGGUCCGGAUGGAUGA